CAAUUCUCUAGCAAAAAGACGUGUUGAGCUGUUACCUUUUUCUCUUGUCCCUAAUCAAAUCUCUCUGGACAUCACUCUCCCUCUCUCUAUAAUCCCAUUGAAAGCUGUAAUUGAGUGAGAGCUCUUUUGGACUCGUCCCCAGCCCUCAAUCCUGACCCUCUUUCCCUCUCUCAAGAAACAAAUUGUUUCAUCUCCCUCCAUCUUCUAAGAAGAACUCUUAACAAUAGUUAUGGUAUAAAGUGUCUCCUAUGUCACCGUAAUUUAGAAACUUCUCGCUUUGGUUGCUUUCCCCUUCAUCCUCCACGCGUUCUCCGUCUCACAUUAUGGUAUAGGAUUUAUAGCCCUUUUUUUAGCCUCAAAACAAAUAUAAAGGACGGAUUUUUGACGCUUUUCUUCCUUUCUCCGGCGAGUCCCGUUUAUUUAUUUUUAAAAAAACUUUGUUUUGUUUUAAAGAUCAGAAUCUCAAAUAAACGAGAAUGGCACCCCCGUUUGACUGGUGGACAAAGGACAGCCAUAGAGGAACACCGGUUGUAGUCAAAAUGGAGAACCCAAACUGGUCAAUGGUGGAGCUUGAAGGUCCAUCAGAGGAAGACUUCUUAAUCACUGAUUCACCGAGUCGACUCGGCCGCGACAAAUCACGUAACAAAAACGCUAAACAACUUACAUGGGUCCUUCUCUUAAAAGCCCACAAGGCUGCCGGUUGCUUGACCUCCAUUGCCACCGCAAUGGUCACUCUCGGCUCCGCUAUCAAGCGCCGCAUCCACUCUGGCCGCACCGACAUCGAAACCACCGACAUCGACCGGGAAAAUGAGAACCCAACAGUGAAAACUAGAUUCUAUACUUUCAUCAAGAUUUUUCUUUGGCUGUCAGUUUUGCUGUUAGGAUUUGAAGUUGCCGCUUAUUUUAAGGGUUGGCAUUUCGGAGCUCCACAUCUGCAAUUGCAGUACUUAUUAGCGAUGCCAUUUGGGUUUCAAGAUAUCUUUGAUUCCUUGUAUUCACGGUGGGUUUUGUUUCGUGUGGAGUAUCUUGCUCCUCCUUUGCAAUUUCUAGCCAAUGCGUGUAUUGUGCUCUUCCUUGUCCAGAGUGUUGACAGGCUUGUUCUUUGUUUGGGCUGUUUCUGGAUCCGGUUUAAGAAUAUUAAACCAAUCCCAAAACAAGACGCUGCUGCUGAUCUUGAAUCUGGUGAAAAUGGAUUUUUUCCCAUGGUUCUUGUCCAGAUUCCCAUGUGCAAUGAGAAAGAGGUUUAUCAACAAUCUAUUGCAGCUGUGUGUAAUUUAGACUGGCCGAAAUCGAAGAUUUUAAUACAAAUUCUAGAUGAUUCUGACGAUCCAACUACGCAAUUGUUGAUUAAAGAGGAGGUUAAUAAAUGGCAGCAAGAGGGUGCCCACAUUUUGUAUAGGCAUCGUGUAAUUAGAGAUGGCUAUAAAGCUGGUAAUCUCAAGUCUGCUAUGAAUUGUAGCUAUGUCAAAGACUAUGAAUUUGUGGCUAUUUUCGAUGCCGAUUUCCAGCCAACCCCCGACUUUCUUAAAAGAACAGUCCCUCACUUCAAGGGUAAUGAGGAGCUAGGGCUUGUCCAGGCAAGGUGGUCUUUUGUGAACAAGGAUGAGAACUUGUUGACUAGGUUGCAGAACAUUAAUUUAGCAUUUCAUUUCGAAGUAGAGCAGCAAGUGAAUGGUAUUUUCAUUAACUUCUUUGGAUUCAAUGGGACUGCUGGGGUGUGGAGGAUAAAAGCUUUGGAAGAUUCUGGUGGUUGGUUAGAGAGGACUACUGUUGAGGACAUGGACAUUGCUGUUCGUGCCCAUCUUCAUGGCUGGAAAUUCAUUUUCCUCAAUGAUGUUGAGUGUCAGUGUGAAUUGCCUGAGUCAUAUGAAGCAUACAGAAAGCAACAACACAGAUGGCAUUCUGGACCCAUGCAGCUGUUUAGACUCUGUUUACCUGCUAUUAUUCGAUCCAAGAUUAGCAUAUGGAAGAAAUUCAACAUGGUUUUUCUCUUCUUUCUGCUUAGAAAGCUUAUCCUACCAUUUUAUUCUUUCACACUCUUCUGCAUAAUUCUCCCCAUGACGAUGUUUAUACCAGAGGCUGAGCUCCCAGCAUGGGUUGUGUGUUACAUUCCAGCUACCAUGUCAUUUCUCAACAUUCUCCCAGCCCCCAAAUCCUUCCCUUUCAUUGUCCCUUACCUUCUGUUUGAAAACACUAUGUCAGUGACCAAGUUCAAUGCUAUGAUCUCUGGCCUAUUCCAGCUUGGAAGUGCCUAUGAAUGGGUUGUUACUAAGAAGUCUGGCCGCUCUUCUGAGGGUGAUCUUGUUUCCUUGGCGAAGAAAGAGACAAAGCAUCAAAGGGGUUCUUCAGAGCCAAAUCUUGAAGAAUUGAAGGAAGAAAUUAUGCAACAAGAUCAAAAGGCUAAGAAAAAAAGGAAGCAUAAUAGAAUAUAUAUGAAAGAGUUGGCACUGGCUUUCCUUCUCUUAACGGCUUCAGCAAGGAGUUUGCUUUCUGCUCAGGGGAUUCAUUUCUACUUCUUGCUAUUUCAAGGGAUAUCAUUCUUGCUUGUCGGUCUAGAUUUGAUAGGAGAGCAGGUUCAGUGAAGGAAGCAUGACAGAUUUUGUGAGAUAUAUUGCCGAUAUAAACAUAGGCGACUUGGGUGGACAAGAAGUAUGAUUAUCACUGAAAAGAAAAUUUACACGGGGAAGUUGUACUGCGGGCUGGGAGUGCUUCUUUUCUUGAUUGCCCCCAACCCUUCAGAACCCCAAUACAUUGCGCACCCAAUAUGAGGUACAAAUAUUGUGUUAUAUGGACAGAAUAAUGACUGCGGUUGGGCAAGAAAGAUACAGUAGAUAGUGUUUAUGUUUCUCAUUACAUGUAAGGUUCUUUUUAUUUUUUUAUUUUCUCCUUUUCUGCCUCUUGUAUUGUUUUUUUUAUUCUUUCGUUUUUGGUUCAAUUCUUUUGUAAGAGAAAUUGUCUGUUCAAACAUCAAAGAAGAAUUCUAAUUACAGCUUCAAGGUUCAUCAC